CCGUGGCCCAGCCGGGGUGUGCCGUGUUCGCCUCGCUAAGACAGGCCCCAUCGAUCGCGACGAUGCGGUGUGACGUCAUCCGCGCAGCGCGCUUGCGCCACCCCGAGGUCCGACUGCGGUUCACGUGCGCAGACCAGAGGAUCGCCGGCGGAGGCCAUGUGCGAGUGGCGAGCCGCCGGCGAGCCGGCGCGAGCCCGCCGAUAGCGCGGACCACGAGGAAAUGCCGGAAACGCAGCAGCGCGUGCCGGCUUCCCUCGGCCGAUCUGGGUCACCCGAGGGACCAGGCGGCUUUCGCUCUCACCGCCGGCGGGUCGGCAGCGACAGUCGACAGCUGCUGCGCUCGGGACUCGUCGGCGCGCCGUGACCCGGGACGGACGAUGUUCACCAGCAACACGGACGGCGCAGCCGAGGUGGCCGAGCCCUCGAGCACCGAGCUGUACCCGGCCGAGCCGGCGGCCGACACGGCGCUCCUGGGCGACGACACGCCGGACGAUGCCGAGCUCGAGAAGCCCGAGAAGCCACCCCCGGACCCCGGCGUGCCGGACGGCCCCGUUGUCCGACUCAGGCAGCCGUGCGCGGCCAGCCCGGCGCGGACUGGCGAGCCGCUGCUCGACGUCAACGGACGGCGGCCCGACGCCCACCGCAAGUUCCUGGUCGAGGUGCGGCUCGACGAGGAGCCCAAGAAGACGCUCACCCACUGGGACGUGUGCCACUUCAGUGCGCUUCCCAAGUGGCUGCAGGACAACGACUACCUGAUCAACGGCCACAGGCCCCCGCUGCCGUCGUUCCGCGCCUGUGCCCUCUCAGUGUUCCGCGUGCACACCGAGACUGGCAACAUCUGGUCGCACCUGCUCGGCUCUCUGGCGUUCGCUACGACGGGCGCGCUCUUCCUGUGGCGGCACAACCUGCCGCUCGCGGAGCAGGCCGUGUUCGGAGCCUUCUUCUUCUGCGUAUUCCUCUGCUUCUUCACUUCCACGCUGUACCACACCAUGCACUGCCACUCGGAGCACAUUGGCAAGUUCUUCAGCCGACUCGACUACUGUGGCAUCGUGAGCAUCGUGGCCGGGUGUUUCACACCUUGGAUUCACUUCCUUUUCUGGUGCGAGCCGCGAACCAAGCUAUUUUACCUUCUGCUGGGCUACGCUCUGUGCGUGGUCACAAUCAACCUGACCAUGUGGGAGAAGUUUGGCCGGCCGCACUUUCGGCUGCUCCGCGCUUCAGUCUUCACGGGCCUGGCCGUCAGCUGUUCACUACUCCCCGGCGUGCACUUCGUGGCAGUGCAUGGCCUUCACCUGGCCUUCUUCGAGCUCGCCUACGGCUGGCUCCUGGCCAUGUCGCUGGUGGCGCUCAUCGGCGUGGCGCUGUACGCCCUGCGCGUGCCCGAGCGCUACUUCCCGGGCCGCUGCGACAUCCUCUUCCACAGCCACCAGUUCUUCCACCUGGCCGUCAUCGUGGGCGCUUACAUCCACCUGCGCUGCCUGUGCGUCAUGGCGCUCUACCGGCACUCGGCCGCCGGGGCCCAGUGCCGUGCCUGACCAUAUCCCGCAAGCAAUAGCGAGCUUCUGUGAUACCGGGACGACGAUGCCUCACACACGUGCCGGAGGGCCUUCCCUACAGCGCGCCACUAGGACAGACAGAGGGACUAUUUUGCAUACUUUUAUAUUCCCGCUGCCGCCGGCCCACCCUACUGUGCGUAGACGGUGCAUCCUUGCCGCUCGCCGAGUUCAGUUUCGCACGCCUAUGCUCUCUCACCUUGCGCAGUUUCGUACGGUAAGACCUGUCGCUCCCUCCGCUCAUGCCUCCGCCGGUACACUCGGCCCUUCUUCGUUCAGCGUCCCUCAAGGCCCUGAGCGCGGAAGGUCUCCGGCCGCAUCCCAUUAUCUCGCUGGCGUCGGAGUGGCAGCUUUUAAAUGCAAAUCUACCAAUGUGCCCCUCGACAAAAUUUUUUUUGCUAUCGAAAACCACAGUGCCGCGAAGUUGACUUGGCUUACUCUGUCUCUUGCUGGACGUCCUGAGUGCCACUAAUGUCGCGCUCUGUACUAUAUGCUUUGUUCCCUGCAUCUCAAAGCAUCUCUACCUUCGCGUGUAGAUCUUAAACUUUCUUGAGGAAAAAAAUGAAAGUGAGAGCGUAGAACAGAAAUAGGUUAUAGUAAGAAUUCUAUAGGCUGCAUUUCUAAUAACACAAAGUGGGAGUCACAUCUUCAAGCACAGACAGCUCAGGCCAGUCCUUGACUGGAUUUUCAACCAGCGACUUUACAGUAGGCGCAACAAAGGUGACGACAGGCCCACGCUGGCGUCCCCUCGGUUGCGCAGACUGCAUGCACAGCAGAGAAUUCGCGCCGUCGCUUGCACAAUCUGUCACUUGACCUGCUUUAUGCAAAAUGACUGCAUUCGGUGAGGAUAGGCAUAGGCUGAAGGACGUGCAAACUGCAACAGCUAUUCAUCGACCGCUUUAUUGCGCUUUGUCGAUAGCGAAACGCUUGACCCGUAACUUUUGCCUUCCCGGUCCUCUCUCAGCAACACUUACAUCAGCCCUCUAGCAAUUUUACUGCCCGCUCGGGCGCUUGUACAGUUAGGGUUCCGACUGCCUAUGUACAGUACAAAAUGUCACAUAUACUUAUUUCCAUUUUAUCCCGUAACGGGCCGUGAUUGAGCGAAAGUGACUGCAUGCAUGCCGACCAAGCGCGCUCGAGACUGCAACUUUAUAAAAGCAAAAAAGUAGAAUGCCGCCUUUGAAUGACUGUGCAAACAAAAUAUUUAGCAGUAUUUUUAACCUCGCCUUUCCUCUGUAUCACUCUCUAGCAAUUUCCCACAAUAAGCCCAUAUCCUGAGAAAGGCCUCAGGCAGCUCGGUUGUCGACUUCCGGCUCUGCAUUUAGCAGAGCCUGGCACCUACAGAGCAUGGCAAGAACAGGCUCCCUCAGCGCUACUCGCUGCGAAAAGGCACGCUUUUUUCAUAAUGGGACGCGAAACGCACACAGAAGACUGACAGUCGCAUAAUUCCGGAUAGCGUGUCCUUCAUCUAGGUCUUUCACCUCCUAUUUUUUUAUCACAACAACGAAGGUGAGAUUAUAUAUAUCCAUCUAUGGCGGGCAUAACAUCACUCCGUCAGGUUACGCAUAUAGGUAUAUAUUCUCGCCAAGCCAGGAACCUCGUGACGUCGCUUAUUCGACACCGUAGCCGUAGUUAUUUAAUGCAAUUAUUCCUUAUAGAAUAACGGUGCCUCUUGGCUGAUAAAUAGUGCGCUGAGCGCGCUGUCCGAACGAAUACUUUUUCAAAGAUGACGCGCAGCUAUAUAGCAGUGGAAAAAGCAAAAAAAAAGUUAUUGUAGUAAUGAAAAGCGCUAAGUAUUCUAGAUAUUCGCUUUUCGGCACACUCUCCUUGAAGGCAACCAGUCCACUAAUGAAAGAACCACAAUGAAAGUGCGCUAUAGACAACAAUCAAGGUGCUUCACGCGUGCAAUGCAACGUUUGCGCCCCCGGCUGUUAUGGCGGUGCGUUGCGUUAUCGAGUUAUAAGGGCUACACUCUAUGACCACGCUUCAAUACGCGCGCCACGCCCUCCUCUUUCAAUCAGAGAGCCACACGUAGUGGUUCGGCCGACCGGCACUAAGUGACGGCCCAUUUGUACAUAGGUCAGCGUAUAGCCUGCUUCGCCGCUUAUUUGUUAUGCUUUUUUUUUUCUUCACGCGUUUAUGUUAUAGUCUUUGUUGGUGUUUGGACGUGUAAAAGGAAUGACAUGCACUCAUGCAAAAUACAGGCCGGUGGCUUGCCGCGCCACCAGAGAAUGCGACGCGGCUCGUAAUCCUGAAGAAGGAAAGAAAAAAAAAAGCGCGCGCAGCAUCGUCUUAAGUUGCCUACGCUUCCAACUUCAUGCUGCUUUCGGUGCGAAACCUAUCUUCCCAGAGUAUAACACACUGAGAGUCAGGGUUUACUGCACCUCUGACAGUAGGGCAGCGAUGUCCUUUUGGCCGUAGCACAGUCAGUAAAGAACUGCGUUUCAAUCCAUGCAGUAUACAAGUAUAGGGCGACGUAAAGGGAACUGCCCACGCUACCAUACGGGCGCCUUUCUUUCGAGCGUUGGUGCAAGAGGUCACCGCAUUGUUGCACUCUCUCCUCACAGUUCUCUAGUCAGGCAUGAGCAAUGUGCAUGGAUCGAAAAAGCCCAGUCGUCGUGAGCAUUUCCGCGAGUACCCGAGCGCCGGUGUUCGCUGGAGGCAAAACACAGUGAAAAGUAGCAUCGCACUUUGGCCGGCAUGCGUCAUGCUGACGUCGACCCGCCAGAAGAUGGCACAAUUGUUAGCCUCGUUGCGAACUUCUUCAACUUCCCUUGCCUCCGGUUGACGCAACAGCACAGGCGCAUAAUCCGGAUUCUCGUGGAAAGCAGGGCGCCUAAUGUGAGCAUGAUCAGGCUAAGCGAAAGAUCUCUCUUGUCGCACCGCCAUCACCACACACAUCAGGCACAGAUUUCAUGAAAAUGCGGCUUGUUAUUUCAGGGUCACGAUGCCACUUCUUUGUCUUAAAAAAAUGAGUCGUGUGUCGUGUCUUUAUUUUACUCAAGUUGUUUGCCGACGCUGCUCCAUUCGGUGCAACACAUAGAAACACUCCUCAGCUACAUAACUUUAAACGACACAAAGUGCUGCGAUAGGCUCGUAGAGAAAAAUAUGCGUGAAAUAAAUAAUUGGCCACAUUUUCUAGCGCUGCAAUAAGGUACAGAUAGGUGCGUUCUACUGAGGUCUUUUGAAGACCGCUGACCGUCUGGUAACAGGCUCCGCAGACAGCGCUAGAGGCGAAUACUUGCAGUGUCUAUCUGGGUACCGUUCGCCUUUAUUUGCUUUGUAGCCGCAAUACACAGUCAAUUUAACGGCCUUGACUUCAGAGCUAUUAUCUUGGUGCCACGUCCGAUACGUUUCCAGGUAUUAUUACCACCCAGCUCGUACGGCUUUUCAUUCGAACCCUUCGACCUCCCGCAACUCACCGUCAAGAAAAAAAAAAUCUGGUGAUUCACACCGAAGGUUCUGCGCGUAGCGACCACCUCUUUUCCUUUUAUGUUCGUUUUCUUUUGUCGAAGCAUGCGUGGUCACGCCCUCUUUAUGCCGUUCAUAGUGCGCGAGCAAUAACUUGGAGUUUUUGUUGUCUCUGCCAAGGGCAGAUAUUUAACUUAAAAACACCAAUUAUCUGCUUGCUCCACAGAGCACGACGACCGUGGUAGCCGUAGACCAAGAGCGGGAACUAGCGCCUUAUUCUUUUUUUUUUUUUUCAUGCACACGGCUCCGCGUACUUGUCGUUUGUAGACUACCUUGAAAUGUUACUGUGUUGCGGUGCCCACUUGGACAUUUUGAACUCUUAGCUCAGCAGGUUUCAAAAUGUUCCUACAUCCAGGAAAUUGUAAAACGACUUGAAUCGCGCAAAUGAUUCGUUUAAUCGAUCCAGCGGUGUCGCCAGACGUUGAAUGAUUAAAGAGCGUUUGUCGAGAGCACUCUUCAGAAUACCGCAAGAGGAAGCAUCUUAAUCAAACUGAAACCAUUGCGAAUUACGUUUUUUCAAACAAUACUUUGAAAGCAUGUUUUGAUAUCGGACAGGUAACAAAUAACCUUGGUAAUAUCAGUUAUAGAGUCAGCACUUGAGUGCUGAGCAAGUGAUCUCGUUCAGGUUUUCUUAUUCAUGAUUAUGUCGAAGCACUGGCACGUCCCUAAAGGUCCGUGCUCGACUGCUGCCUUUCAUAGAUACGACCGCAGAUUUAAUUUUACGCAAAAGCAAAUUACAUGCCACAACGAGCGCGUGCAAAUAUAUAUAUAUAUACAUGGUUGUCUAUCAGCCUACGAUAGGGUGCAUUGUUGUUACUCCUGGGUCAGUGUUGCACUUUUCUGGAUGUAAAAAAUGUUCAGGGCGUCAGUUAUUCCAUUGCAUUCACAUGAGCGUCCAUGUUUCAUUGUGUUUGGAGAGAAAGUGAGCAUGGAGAGCCGCACUGGCCUCGCGUUACGCGCACGGAGAUUGUCGCGCGCAGCCUGUGCCCUGGCGACGCCAUCGCGUUCUCUUUCACCAUGGAGACGUUCGAAGUGUCGCACAAACUCUGAAGUCCAAUGCAUCGUCAUCAAAGACCAAUAAAGCGAAUUAAAAAAGAGAGAAAAAA